AUGGGAAGCCAAGGGCACGGCAGAGAGUUUGCCAGCAUCACUGUGCUGUUGAUGCUGGUCACGACGGGCCUCACCUGUGGCAAACCAGCCCGGCUGAUCCCGCGGGUGGCAGGCGGCAUGAACGCCCUGCGAGGCGAGUGGACGUGGCAGGUGAGCCUCCAGCAUCGAGGACAGCACAUCUGCGGGGGAAGCAUCAUCGACCACGAGUGGAUCCUCACUGCCGCUCACUGCUUCCCGGAGGUGGGAUACCCCAUAGUCCCUGGGAACUGGAAGGUGAUUCUGGGCCGUCUCAAACUGACUGGUGACCCUUUUCGGGGGGAGGAACGCAACGUCGCAGAGAUCAUCCUCCAUGAGAAGUACGUUCACUACACAAAAGGCCGUGACAUCGCCCUGGUGCGCCUGUCACUGCCCUUGUGGUUCAAGAAGGACAUCUCGCCCAUCUGCCUGCCAUAUGCCAAUCACCAGUUCGCCUAUGGGACCCAGUGCUGGGUCACCGGCUGGGGUGACAUCGGCAUGAACGCUUCUCUGUCGGACCCCAUGCACCUGCAGCAGAUGGCCCUGGACCUGCUGUCGAGAGACACCUGCAACUGCAUUUACAAGAACCUCAGAGACAGGAAGAUCGUCUACCCCGCCUUGCGGGGCAUGAUUUGCGCCAUGACUCCCGACAGCAAGAGGGGGCCCUGCAAGGGGGAUUCAGGCGGCCCACUGGUUUGCUUGGAGGACGACCGAUGGUUCCAGGCAGGGAUCAUGAGUUUCUCCAUGGAAUGUGAACGUCUUCGUGGGCCCAUCAUCCUGACGGAGACCAAGGCUUACGUGGACUGGAUCAAAGGCCACGUCCAGGGGGCUACCUUUGCCAAGCAGACAGAGCCCCGCCCCAGCACAACUGACAAGUACUUGUGUACAGGUUGUGGAACACUGAAACGGGACAAGCCUGGCUUGAGUGCAGAGGGACUCUGGCCCUGGUACGUCAGCCUGCAGUAUGAGGGGAAGCAUGUCUGCGGGGGCACCUUGAUCUCAGAAGACUGGAUUGUGACCGCUGCACAGUGCUUCAUUGGGCGCCAAGAACCAAAGGCAUGGGUUGUGCUGCUGGGUGAGAAGGAGGUGGGUUUAAAGCGUGAGUGGCAGGAGAGGAGGACCCUCCAGAAUAUCGAACUUCACGGGGCCUACUUCAAUGCAACAGAAGGUUACGACAUUGCUGUGGCCAAGCUGGAUCGCCCCGUGGUGUUCAACGAGCAUAUCCGGGCCAUCUGCAACCCAUACAGAACCCACAAGUUCUCCUUUGGCUCUACCUGCUGGACCCGAGGACGGACAACUGAUGAGACCCAGACACCAGGUCCUCUAGGAGGUGUGGAGGUGAAACUCCUUGGCCCCCGGUCUUGUAACUGCCACUACAACUUGACCAGUGACCUUGGCCACGAGAUCCCCAUCAGCUCCCAGAUGCUGUGUGCCACGCCCCAUAACAAGACCAUGCUUUGUGAGGGGACUGCUGGAGAACCCCUGAUUUGCAACGAGAAUGGCACCUGGUUUCUGGCAGGUAUCUCUAGCUUUGGCAAGGGCUGUGGGACCCUAGUGCGUCCGGGGGUUUACACGGCGGUCAACACCUACGAGGACUGGAUCAUGAAACUGGUGUGGUCUGCUUACUACGAUAUCCAAAAGCCUCCCAUUCCAGCUGUGAAGGAUGAUGACAGCUGUCUGACCAUUAGGCCCCGAGGAGUCAGAAACAGAUAGCAAGACGUGCAAAGGCGAAACAGGAGGCCACGGACUCAGAGGGAUCAAAAUCCUGCUUCCCCCC